UAGGAAGUCACUGAUAAGCUUAAAAAAAUGGAGACCGCAUUUGUCUCUGUAUAGCAACUUAAAGAAGUAAUUUGAGUGUUUUAAUUAUUUAUCUUUCCUCUGCUUCUUAGCGGCUGCAUACAGCAAUUGUUUAGCUCCUGAACAGUGUGGCUUGUGGGACUGGAGAGUGAAACUGGGAAUCAUGAAGCUGGAGGUACCAGAAACCUUUGAGGAUGUUGCUGUCAUGUUUUCAGAUGAAGAAUGGGCAAUGUUGAAUAAACAGGAGAAAGAGCUACACAAGGAAGUGAUGGUACAGAACUUUGAGAACAUGAUUUCCAUAGGAUGUCACAUCCCAAUGGAGCAGCUUUGGAUGUUUGUCAGGAAAGAUGAAACAGUUUUAGCUGAUGACACUGAAGGAAGAUUGGUGAAGAAAAAACGUCGUAACAUUAUUGUUGUCAACAGGAAUGCAGAUUUCACCAAGAUGCCAUUCCAUGGGAAACACCAUGACGCUGAACAUGACAAAGCUCCCCCAGAUAAGAUGUCAACGACAAGAAAAGGCAAAGUGAAGUUUGAAACCAGAAAUGCUAAAUGUAAAGAUGUCAAUAAAAUUGAAUUUGAAAUGCCUCUGAAAGAUCAUAGCGAGGAAAGACUGUGUAGUCAGCUUGAAAGUAACAGUUUGAUUCAUAGCAGCAGCCAGUCUGAUAAAUUAAUUCACAGUGAGAAAAAACAUAACGACUCGGCAACAAAAAAACAAGUAUGCAGCAGAAAGAAAUUACGUAACUGUGCCUCACGUGACAAAGGUGUUACAGGGAAAAGAAGAAUGGAAUUACGUGAAGGUAUUUGUACAAGACAGAAAUCCAUUAAACGUACUACUUCUGACAAGGGCAAUAUAGAGAAGUCAAGGAAGGAAAAACCUCACUUGUUCCACAUUGACCGAGGACCGCAAAGCCACACCAAACGUGACAAGAAUUUCUCACAUAAAGGUCUACCAGUACAAAAGAGCGUCAGCACUUGGCAGAAACCCUUCAAAUGCAGUAUAUGUGAGAAGACUUUUAUAUCUAAAUACAACAUGAUAUGUCAUGAGAAAAUCCACACUGGAUAUAAACCAUAUAAAUGCAACUUUUGUGAUAAAAGUUUUAAACAUAAAUACAGUAUGAUGUGUCAUGAGAAUAUCCACACUGGACAGAAUCCAUAUAAAUGCAGUAUGUGUGAGAAGAGGUUUAAAUCUAAAUCCAACAUGGUACGUCAUGAGCAUAUCCACACUGGGAAGAAACCCCAUAAAUGCAGAGUGUGUCAGAAGAGUUUUAUAUCGAAAUACAAUAUGAUAUAUCACGAGACUAUCCACACUGGGCAGAAACCCUAUAAAUGCAGUGUAUGUGAAAAGAGUUUUAAACGUAAAAGUAGCAUGAUGUGUCAUGAGACUAUCCACACCGGGCAGAAACCCUAUAAAUGUGCUACAUGUAACAAGGGUUUUACAACUAAACAGAAACUGACAAGGCAUCAGAAUGUUCACACUGGCCAGAAACCCUAUAAAUGUGCCACAUGUGAUAAAGGUUUUGCAAGUAAGCAGAAUCUUACCAUGCAUCAGAAUGUUCACACCGACCAGAAACCCUAUAAAUGUGUUACAUGUGACAAGGGCUUUAUAAGUAAACACAACCUAAGAGUGCAUCAGAAUAUUCACACUGGGCAAAAACCCUAUAAAUGUGCCACAUGUGACAACAGUUUUACAACUAAGGGGAAACUGGAAAGGCAUCAGUAUAUUCACUCUGGGCAGAAACCCUAUAAGUGUGCCACAUGUGACAAGGGCUUUAUAAGUAAGCACAACCUGACAGUGCAUCAGCAUGUUCAUACUGGGCAGAAACCUUAUAAAUGUGCCACGUGUGACAAGGGUUUUACAACCAAGGGAAAACUGUCCACGCAUCAACAUGUUCAUACUGGACAGAAACCCUAUAAAUGUUCCACAUGUGACAAGGGCUUUAUAAGUAAGCAUAACCUGACAGUGCAUCAAAAUAUUCACACGGGGCAGAAACCCUAUAAAUGUGCCACAUGUGACAAGUGUUUUGCAAGUAGGCAGAGUCUGACAAAACAUCAGAGUAUUCACAAGAGGCAGUCCAUUCCUGUCAUGGUAAUAGAAACCCAAAAGACUCGGAGAAAUUAAACCAGCAGAAACAAUACUUAUUUCA